UUUCCAAGCUCCAAUGGAGAAGCCACUCAUACCCAAGUGCUCUCAGGACCUCUGGUUUGGCAUACUCAUCUCCUUCCUUUUCUGCUUUGUAUUUCUUUCAUUUGAUUAUUCUACUUUCUGGGGUGUCAACAAUGGCGCCAGUCUUUUAGUCAAUAAACAAAAUCACCCAGUUGGGUUUGUGAAGAACCAGACCGUUUUGAGUACUACCCACUUGAUCCCAGAUUCUUGUUCUGGUCGUUAUGUUUAUAUACAUGAUGAUCUUCCUUCCAAGUUCAACUCUGAUUUGCUCAAUAACUGUAAGCUUCUUACUAGAGGGACUGACAAGCCCAAUUUGUGUCCUUACUUUGAAAAUUGGGGUUUUGGUCCUGCAAUUGAAAACACUGAAGGGGUUUUAGCAAAUACAAGUUGGUUCUCCACAAACCAGUUCACUUUAGAAGUCAUAUUCCACAACAAGAUGAAGCAGUAUAAAUGUCUGACUAAAAACUCAACUCUGGCUUCAGCUAUUUAUGUUCCAUUCUAUGCUGGCCUUGAUGCCAGUCUCCAUUUGUGGGAUUCCAAUCUAACGGUGAGAGACGCUUCGGCUAGAGAUCUCAAUGAUUGGCUUUCGAAGAGGCCCGAGUGGAAGACGAUGUGGGGGAGAGACCAUUUCUUGGUUGGAGGAAGGAUUUCUUGGGAUUUCAGGAGGCAAACGGAUGAGAUUUCGGAUUGGGGGAGUAAACUCAGGUUCUUGCCGGAAUCGUUGAACAUGAGUAUGUUGUCAGUUGAAGGAAGCUCAUGGAGAAAUGACUAUGCUAUUCCAUAUCCAACAAACUUUCAUCCUGCAAAGGAUAGUGAUGUGGUUCAAUGGCAGAACAGAAUGCGAAAGCUAGAGAGGCCUCACUUUUUCACUUUUGUUGGUGCUCCAAGGCCUGACCAGCAGAACUCUAUUCGGGGGAAGAUUAUCGAUCAGUGCCUAGCUUCAAGUGUUGGCAAGUUGGUAGAUUGCAGUUCAGGUGGGAUUAAAUGUGACAAUCCGGCUAGUGUUAUGAGGGUGUUUCAGAGCUCAGUUUAUUGCUUGCAGCCUACAGGGGACUCAUAUACUCGGAAAUCAGCUUUUGACUCGAUUCUGGCCGGUUGUAUUCCGGUUUUCUUUCAUCCGGGUACCGCCUACUCGCAGUAUUUAUGGCAUUUACCAAAGAAUCAUACCAAGUAUUCGGUGUUUAUUCCGGUGAGGUAUGUAGAAGAUUUGAAAGAAGGCCUCAUUGAGAAAACGUUGGUUGGAAUUUCAAAGGAGAAGGAAUUGGAAAUGAGAGAAGAGGUUAUAAGGCUUAUACCAAAGCUAGUGUAUGCAGAUCCCAUGUCAAGAUUAGAGACCGAAGAUGCAUUUGAUUUAUCUGUCAAGGGAAUUCUUGAGACGAUAGAGAAUGUUAGGAAAACAAUCAGAGAAGGAAGGGAUCCUAGCAUAGGUUUUGCCGAUGAGGAUAGUUAUAAGUAUACAUUUCCAAAGACAUUAGAAUGAACUUUUUUUUAAUGCAAUUCUUUCUCUAAGUGCUGAAAUAAGAACUGCAGGUAUAGAAACG